AUGUCGACCGACAUGGACCAGCGGCUCACGCUCACAGAGGCGCUGACAGAGAUUUCCAACCUCAGCGCCUUUGAGAGCAGCAUUGACAGCAGAACCUGGAUUCCCAGCACUACGCCGCCGCAGCAGCCCAGCGCUGCCUCCGCACCCCGCACAGAUGCGCAAGCAAAGGAAACCUUGGAGCUGUCCCCAGCCACUACUUGCCAUAGUUCAAGUCCGGCAGGCACCCUAUCUUCCAUGCUGUCGCUGUCUAUGGAAGAGUGGGAGGAAGAAUCGCGGCCGGCGGAGGUUUCCCCGUCAGCGGGUGGCGCCAGCAGGCGGCAGCCGGUCGAAAGCCGAGGUGAGGCGGAAAAGGCUGAGCACUCAGUGGAGGGGGAUGCCCUGCUUCAGCUCCUGGACCUGAGGGGUACCUUCUGCUUCGACAAGCCUUCAGUGCGACAUGUCGGUGAGGCCCUGGGAGCUGGAGCGAAAGAAGCCGACCGGCCCACGAGCAAGUCGUCGGACAGCCACCAAAAGCGCGCUGCAGGGCGGGACGCCACGCACUUUGACCACCUGAAGGGCACCCGGGACGCGCCCAAAAAUAUACGCGCAGAUGCGCUGGAUGAAGUUCUGAUGCAGAAGACGCUUGCAAGCCUGGCAGGCAGUGCCUCUCUGCCACAGCUUCCGUCGUCCUCUUCGAUCUCUCUUAGCCGUCAAGGUACUCCGAGCAGCUUUUCCGUGUCUCGCGGGCCACGCUGGGUUCCGCUGCAGGAAGCAAUAGACCCUUACAACGUUCCAAGAC